AUGGCGCCCCAGGCCCAGGCCGCUCCUUCUCCCGUGGAGGACCUGCAGCGGGAAGGGGCACGUCUGCAGCGGAAGGACACCGCCACUCCAGACCGAGGCUUCUUCCCGGGAGCGGCGGGCGGGCUCCGUGGGGAGCUCACCACGGCCUCGAGGAGGCUGCUUGCUGGCCCCUCGCUGCCGGGCGCUGCUGGGUCGAGGGAUCCGGGAGCAGCGGCGCCAUUGUGA